GCAAAGGGUUUUUAGGGUUUUUAGGGUUUUCGUCUCCGAUGGCAAUCGCUUCCGAUCUUGAUGAUAUGGUUUCAGAUGGGAAGCUGCCUGUGGAUCCUGGCCUGAAUCAGAGCAAUACACCGGAUCUGGUAGCAUCGCCGCCUGAUGAUGCUGAUCUGAAGAAAGGUGGCCAGCAGAGUGAUCGGUCUCCUACGCCGGUGAAUCAAGAGCCAGAAAAGGUUGGAAAACGAAGGAGGAGGCUGGUAAAGAAGAGCAGUAUUGUUAUCAGUGAUUCGGAAGAGAUCCCUGCCACGUUGGAACAGGGAGAAGACCAGAAGACGAAGAAGAAGAAGAGGAGGUCCUCAUCCGAAAAUAUGAGCUCAAAAAGAGAACGGAAAAGAUCCAAGUCUGAAUCAAAGAGCGAUAUUAAAAAUAAUGAAUCGGAGUUGAGGGAAUUUUGGGAGGCUGUUGCUGGUCCUGAUUUGGAGGAUAAUCAAGAGGGUGUAAAGAUCACUGCUGAUGACUCAAGUUCUGGUGGGAAAUCUCAUAAGGAAGAAGAAGGAGAUGAGACUGAACAAUUUUCUAAAAGGGAGUAA